CCAGGAACGGCGGGAAGGGUUGGCAUAAUUGAAAUAUCAUUAAUAAGCUUUUUUAGAUUGAUCUAAAAAUAUUAGUUGAUCAACAUAUCAAUUUGAUUGGUGAAUUAUUUGGUUAUAAUUUGGUUGUAAUGAUGGUUUUACCCAUCCUACUCCGCAACCCCUAGUCGGGAAGUCGAUUAUGCAUUCUAGAAAAAAAGAUGAGUGACAUGCAACCGAAAGAAGAUUGCUCUCGCAAGUAGUCAUUUCGUCGAACACCAAGAGGACACCGCAGAAAGAACAAGCGCGACUCUUGUAACAGGAAACGAGAAACACGAUGAGGGGGAAGGGGAGGAGGCAACGCAACGGAUUCCGGCUUGCCAAUGAUUUUUGAAACGGCUUUGGUGGCGUCUUUCAGGACAUCCGACGUUGUAACCGUGUCCACCGGAAUAUUCGUGUACAGAUUCAAGGUCGGCAUUGUCCCGCCGCUCUCUUCUUCUUCUUCUUCCUUCGCUGCCGGAGCCAGCGCCUGGAUAGAGAGAGCUUGCUGCCGGAAAUUGGGUUGGGUUAAACUAUGUGCCCGAGCCCGACCCAUCUAUACGGCACCCGACCCGAGUUAGUUUGUUAAGCGCUGAAACGGCGUCGUUUGUGUAUGAACAUACAAAAACCUAAAACCUUCCAUUUCUACACGUUCUCCGUUCCAGGCCAAGAAGCCGCAACCCGCCGUCCGUCGACAUUCCCCUCCUAACUCCGAGUCCGGCUUCAGCUCCUUCUCUUCCCAUUUCGGUAGCCUCCGCUGCUUCGUUGGAGGGCCUUCUUCCAGCUCUUCCUGCCAUUGUUCGUUAGUCAUCGACGCUGCCACAGUGAGUAAUUCUACUUUCUUUCUUCUUCUUCUUCUUCUUCUUCAGUUUACAUUAACGAUUAUGGCUGCUUUGUGCCCAUUUUUCUCCUAUUCACUUAGGCGGUGUGUCUCAUGAUCCAAUUCCUUUUAACGGGCUGUAAUAAUUGGGGACUGGUGGAACGAGUGAGACUGGACUGAACAUUUUGGGGUAGAACAAGUUAGCAACCGAAACUUCACUGUGUUUCUCUGUCUGUGUGAUUAUAUGAUUCUGUAAUUAUCCUUCAGUCUUUCAUCGACCUGGGCUCGUAUAAAGAAACGAUCUUUGUGUGAAAAUCAUUUUGGGGAAAACAAGUUCACUAGUGCCCUUUCUGUGGGUUCAUUGGCCCUAUUAUUAUCAUAUCUGCUCUUUUGUAGAACCUACGAUAUAGUAGUUCAUAUGAUGGGUCUCUGUUUGUAGUUUAGACAUUGGUUUUGUGAUCUCUGAUUCAUUUGCCUUUGUGGGUUUUCAUGUUUGGUAUUUGUUUCUACUCGACCUCAUUUGAAUUGGAAAAACAGCGUUUCCAAGUAAGUGGUGGAAGUAGAGAAAGGCCUAAUAUCAACUCGCCUUUUCACUGGUCUGGUCGAAUUAGUUCAGCUAUUUCUCUGUUAGUAAAUGGCAUCUUAUGUUUGGAAAUAUAACAUGUAGGGUCGUAAAAAGAAGGUGAAAGAUGAUGAACAAGAAGGAGAUUCUGAAGCUAGCCAAAGGGUUUAGGGGGAGAGCAAAGAACUGCAUCAGGAUAGCAAGAGAGAGGGUGGAAAAGGCUUUACAGUAUUCUUACAGGGAUCGUCGAACAAAGAAACGUGACAUGCGCUCCCUAUGGAUCCAACGGGUCAGUGCUGGCACCCGGCAGCAUAAUGUUCAUUAUGGUCACUUCAUGCACGGGCUUAAGAAGGAGAACAUCCAGCUGAACCGGAAAGUUCUGUCGGAGAUAUCGAUGCACGAGCCCUUCAGUUUCAAAGCUCUGGUAGACAUUUCUCGCGAGGCUUUUCCAGGAAACAGACACAUAUAUCAUCGUCCGAGGAAGGUUGAUAUGUCGUCGAUGGAUGCAUAACGGGUCGACUUCCUAGAUAAAGUCUUGGUCGUGGGAGAUUUAUUAGAUAAAUCUGAACUAGAUGUUUCUCCUGUUGGUUUCCUCCGUUAGGUGUCUUGAGUCAGGGAAGUUGUAUUCAAUUAUGCAGCUGUGUAUGAUCUGGAUCCUUUUUCUUUUUGCCAAUGACAAAAGGCAAAUUGCAGAAAAAAUAUUGCAUGAUCAGUAGGUUUCCAGUUCUUCACUUCGCCCUGCAGCUGGUGUAUGAUUUGGUGAGCCUAAGGUCUAGCCUGGUUGAAUUAUGAUUGGCAAAGUAAGUCUCUACUGACUAUGUUGUUAGAAAGGUUUGGUGUAUCGGAUAGACCAAACUCCUAAACUGGAUUGAUUUUAGCAUUGUUCAUUAACUUCAAGAGCUUAGUUUGGUUAACUUAUCUCCCUGGAAAUACGUUAUAACUUAAGCAAGGUUGUCAAACCGGUUUAUGUCAGUGUGCCGGUUUAGCAAGUGGAAUGGUUCGACCGGUGGCACAUACCGGUUUGUGCCGGUCAAUAUUACAAAUAAAAUUAUAAAUACUCAUUUUAAACAUGGCAUUUAACGUCAAUACCUAAACAUUUAUACUUGAAUCCAACAAAUAACAUCAAUAUUUAACAUUUAUACUCAUAAAAUAAAUAAUAAAAUAAUUUUUAACAAUUAAAGUAAGGUUAUUUUACUUAGAGAUUCGUAUAUCGAUCAUGCCGGUCAUACCGAUGGUGUCACGCCGGUUUUAUGACCGGUACAGGUUGAACCAGGUACAACCAGUGGCACGCCGGCCGGCGUGACAACCCUGAACUUAAGUAAAUAUAAAAUGGAUUCAAUCCCCAGAAAGGGUAGAUUAAGUUUUCUAAAAGGGGAUUAACCACUUAAUUAUCUAUUUGUUAUGAAUUAUUAUAGUAUUGUUUUAUAAAAGUUUUCCAAUAAUUUAUUUCGGUGAAGUCAAGGACAAAAAGCCCACUUACUCCUAAUCAAUAAUUGUAGCCUUUAAAAGUAAUGCAUCAUGCUAUUCUCAAAAUUGUAACAUUUAUUUGAAAUCUAUAAUAUCCAAAGUGUCAAAACCAGUAUAUAAUAUUUGAUCAAUAUAGAUAUUUUUUUUUUAUGUUAGAUGUUCUAUUAUCAAUAUAUCUAAAUUUCUUAUGAAAAUAUUAUAUUGCUAUACUAAUAAAAUAGGGGGAAACCAGCUAAAAGUAAUUCAGAGAAACUUUUUUUAUUAUAAGAAUUCCAAUCAGUAAUUACCAUCUAAAUACCCAAAAAAAUAUUUGGUGAAAAUCUCUCUUAUGAAUAUUUUAGAUGUAUUGUAAAUAUAAUUACAAAAAUCUAAAUCAGAUUAUGAUCUCAGUUUUGUAUGGGAUCUAAUUAUUAGGAAGGUUAUUUUAGAGUCGGAUUUACAAAUGACUAUCAGUCUCAUCCAGUCCGUGAUGCUCCUCUCACCCAUACUUCGUUCUAAUCGAUGAAAUCCAACCCUUUUUGACUUUACCAUGGGAGGUUCGCCUCGCCCGUGUGUUAUGUGUAUAGAGAAGGCAACUUUGUGCAAUACUUAUUUCUUACAUCUUUUGAGCAUUCCUUAGUUGUUAGAGUACACUCUUUCACGAUUCUGUUUCCCACACCGGACUACAGGUUAUACAUAUAUCAAAUAGCAGUUUCUAUUCUCCGAAUCAUUUAAUGAAUUAUGAAGGUUAGAAGCGCUCUUCCAUCAAAAUUUGAAUACGACGAUGUAAGAACAAAUUAUAUUUUAUCACCGUAAUAUAAGGAAGUGCUAACUGCUAAGUUCCAUCGACAAGUGGAUAUGCAGCGCAUUUCUCGGUUUUGUGCAAUGUACUUGAUCCCCAUACUCUCCCUCUCCGUAGGAAUGGCAAUGGGCAGGUCUGGGGUGGGUAUCUCGAUACUCAUACCCGCCCUGUGGCAGGUCGGGUCCACCAGGCACGUCGGGUAAUUUACCAUGGGGGCGCGAAUCGGGGCAGGUCGACCCAAUGGGUAUGUAACUUAUGUACGUGAAAAACAUAAAAAAAAAUAUAUAUGAUAAAAUGUAGUUAAAUUAUUGGAGAAAUUGAGGUUUUCUCUUACUUACAACUUUAUUAUAACUAAAAUACAAGGCAAUAAGAGAAAAAUCCUAAAUAAUUUGAAUAAGAUUACAUGUAAUGUAGACAAGAGCGGGUUCAGAAUGGGACGGGUCAGGGUAGGUUAGGUCGAUGAGAGGUACCCAUGCCCGCCCUGCCGACGGACCCACCCCAAAACAGGUAAACAGGUUGGAUAAAACGAGUCAGGUCGAAAUUGCCAUCCCUACCUCUCCGUCGUCGGUAAAUAAUGAGCGGUGGUUGCAUGUCAACUUGGUUGUUGGCUCCUUUCCUCUACGGCCGGCGACAUUAAUUUGGAUCAUCAGUUACAGUUGAUUAGGUAUGGAAGUAAUCUACUAGCUCUGUAUUUAAAUGGUAUUUAGCUUGAUUAAUUAUCAAUUUUUCUUGCUAGUUUGAACUGUUCAUAUAGAGUAGCUAGAUGGGUACGUAGUGCCAGAGGGGAAAAAUCAACCAAACAACCUUAAAUUAAUCACAACACUUGUAAAAUUUCUAUUCAUUGAAAGAAAGAAAGAAAAACCAGACUUGUGUUCGUGGUUCCAAUAUUCUGUGUGUAUCUUGUGUCCAAUUGGCUGUAUGAGAUCGAUGAUGAUAACCUAUUUAUAUAAUAAUAUGUCUCUGAAAUCUCAAAGAAAUUUGACUUUCCAAAUUUUCUUGGUUAUUAUUGUAUAUGGUUGUCUUAAUCCACCAACCACACCAAGAAAGGAGUAUGAACUAUGAACACGAAUCUAUGUGCUGUUUCUUCUCCAUGCUAGCUACCUACUUCCUCCCCUCCCCCCGCUUAUGCUGGCUCUCUUCGCGAGACUCGCUACCUCGUUUCUCGUAUGAAUAUCUGACAAAUUUAUGAGAUUGAAGCAAUUUAGGGUGAAAAUGAAGAACUGAUUUCUUGAAAAUGGUUGGCCGCGCGCGGUUUUAGGAAAAUGUCCGGAUUCAUUCUGAGCAAACAAACAAUUGAUUUUAUGAAAUCGUAAAUUUGACUUCGUAAUGUAAUCAUUUCAGUAGUUGUUCUGACUUCUGAGAAACUUAAGGUUUUAGUGGCCGGGCCUUCUACUAUGUUUAAUAGUAUUAGUGUUCGAGGUACGAAUAAGGGUUUUGGUCUGGUAGUAAUAUCACUAGUAUUGAAUCUUCGAAUCUCGUAAGAGUAGUACCUAACCACUAAAACUAAACCUACGUCACUCUUAUCUGAUAAAAAAGUAUUCAGUGUUUCGAGAGAUAUGUACAGAUUGACACAUGUACCAUAAUAUUAAAGGUACAAGUUCAAU